AUGGUCCUCGACGACGCGUCGCCGCAAGCCAGCGGCUUCGAGGAUGGCAGCUCCGCGGCGGACAGCUACAUGUCGACGCCGCUGCCGCCGCCGCCGGUCGACCCGGGCUCGCCGUUCGCGAAAUACUACCCCCUCGUCGUCAAGCCCGAGCUCAUCAAGCGACCGGGCAUCUUCACCAUGUACCUCGGGUUCGGCGGCCCGUGGUUCUGGGAAAAGAGCGUGACGCGGACGAUCCAGAAGCGCAUCGACAACAGCAAGGCGCUGCUGCAGCGCAGCCCGACGCAGAACGAGGUGGACGCGUUUGUCGAGAACGCCAGCCGUCGCGUCAUUCAGGCGCGCAUGGGCGUGCCGCUGGGCUUGCUGGUGGGCUGUGUGCACUCGUACUCGCGCAUCAGGACCGAGGCCGAUCUGCCCCGGGACAAACCGUUCGCGCGCGCGCUGUGGGAUUAUGUCCGCGUGGCGCGCCAUGCCGAUCCGUUUGGAUUGCGGAGUAUGUUCGGAUGGACCCUGUUUCGCGUCUCGACGUGGAUGUUUCUUGGUUCGUUGGUCUCGUCUAGCAUCGCGACGAUGAACGAGAUGGCGAACACGGUGAAGGAUCCUCGCCUGCGGCAGCUGAGGGAGAGAGUGGAAGAGCUUGCGCGGCGGAAGGUCAUCACGCGUCAGCCGCAGCAGCAGCAGACGCAGACGACGGCAGAGCGUCCUGCAGGAUCCGAGUCGCAGACGUCUGCUUCAGAGCCGGCAUACGGGCGUCCUGAUGCAUACUACGGUGGAUCCGAGGGGAAGGAGCAGCAGUUUGGAUCGUGGCGACUACCCGUGCCAGAGCAGCGCGAGCCAGCGAGGCAGCAGACGGAGUAUUCGAGCGGCAGCGAUUUCUUUGACGACGCCAGUCCGGUUGCGCCAGAGUACCAGACCGUCUCUUCGACAUCGUCAUCGUCAUCAUCAUCAUCUUCUUCUACCUCUCCCUCGUCACAGAAUGCGUGGGAACGCAUCCGCCAGCAAAACGCCGGCUUGUCCUCCCCGUCCUCGAAUCAGUCGAAUGUCUGGGCGACGAUAUCGCAGAAUGCAUCCUCGUCAUCGCAGCCGCAGCAGCCGCAGCAGCCGCAGCAGCAAACCCAAGACCGAAGCAAUGAGUCGUACGAAACAGAAGUGCAAGCCCGGCAGCGGGAGCGCGAGCAGGCGCAACGCGAGUUCGAUCGGAUGCUGGAAGAGGAGCGUCGGAUGUCGCAGGAGAACAGUAACACGGAGCAGAAUGGGAGGGGAUGGAGGAGGUGGUAG